UGUGCAUAGGAAUUUGUUCAUAGUUUUUUUUAAAACUAUAGUCCAGCCCUCCAGCGGUCUGAGGGACAGUGAACUGGCCCCCUGUUUAAACAGUUUGAGGAGCCCUGGUCUAGACCUCCACAGCUGUGGUGCUUGUCUCCGUCUCCUUCCAUCUUCUACCCCUGGGACAGAACACCUACCAGGGCCAGUCGCUGGGGAGAUUCCAGGCCCUUGGAGUUCUGGACACCCACCUCCAUUGCCUCGCGCUCCUUCAGGCUCAGUGCACCGGGGUCAAGCGUGGUCAUGGCGUAGACAGGAAGCCUAAUCCCGUGUGCAUGGUGACCCACUUACGGAUGCCAGCCCCGUGCAGCAGCUGCGGCUCCCAGCACCUUGGCACGGCCACCUGCAAACUGCUGGGUGGACAUGGAGCCCACAGUCUGCUGAGCCCCAGGGUCCUGGUCAGAUGGCUGUUGGCCCCUGAGAAGUCCAGAAACUGAAGUGUAAUUACUUUUCUUAAUGUGAUUGAUUUUUUAGAGGGGGAGAGAGAGAGAGAGACAUUAGUGUGCCUCCUGCACACUCCCUACUGGGAAUUGACCUCACAACCCAGGCCUGUGCCCUGAUCAGAAAUUGAACUGGCAACCUCUUGGUGCAAGAGUUGACACUCAACCACUGGGCCACACUGGCCGAGCUGAAGUUUAAUUCUUAAGUUUAGCCAAAUACAAACCAUCGGUGACUAGGAAUAAGUCUUGAGCCACAUAAGACCUGUGUGCAGAAAAUGCAAAGCUGGCUGGAGGGCACUGCAGACGACUUCCAAGUGUUCCUGGUUGAAGCCUCGGGUGUCGCUCCUCCCAGGGCGCCUCGGCCAGCCGGGUCCCGUCCAGGCCCAGCAGCAUGUCUCCCACAUGACAGGCUGACUCGAGAACUCGGGCGACCGCCAAGGUCCGAGACUGACUGAAUGCUCCUGAGGAAGGCAUGUGCCCUGAGAAGAUCAAAACUCAGGCCCGAAGGAGUGAGCAUGCCUGGCAUCCAGAUAAUGGCUUCUGGUGUCAUUUCUCACAGGAGCCUGGUCUCACAAGGGCUGGGCAGGAGGAGGUGAGGCAGUCAAGCAGGCUAUGUGUGGCUCAGGGAGAGCUCUCAGGCCAGUGGGCACAUGUCCAGAGGACACAGGAGCAAGCUUGGAGGGGCAUCUGUUGGCCAAACUUGGGAUAACGGGAACCUCAGAACUAGUAACUCCAGCCCCCGGGAGAAGGGAGGAGCAUUCAUGACUCCAGAGUGUGCGCUCACACAGGAAGCUCCACAGAAAAAUGCAGAGGAAGCAAUCGAGUGGGAAUUGCCGCUUUGUUGAUUGGUCCCAGCAGGAGUCACCGAUGCCUGCAAGCACCUUCAGGGAGCGGGUCUGACCCCACCCCGAAGCUUCGCCCACAGAGGACGGUAACGGAGAGUGGAUGGCGAAGAGCCGGCAGGCAGCAGCUGACAAGGGGUCCGGCCAGCAAGCAGGCACAUCCAAAGUGGUCCUGCAACGCUGCCGAGCACCAGAGUGGGCAUCCCCACCAUCCGGUGGUGCGGGGCGGAGGGGGACUACAACGUCAUGGUGAUGGAGCUGCUGGGGCCCAGCCUGGAGGACCUCUUCAACUUCUGCUCGCGGAAGUUCAGUCUCAAGACCGUCCUGCUGCUGGCCGACCAGAUGAUCAGCCGGAUCGAAUACAUUCACUCAAAGAACUUCAUCCACCGUGACGUGAAGCCAGAUAACUUCCUCAUGGGGCUGGGGAAGAAGGGCAACCUGGUCUACAUCAUCGACUUCGGCCUGGCCAAGAAGUACCGGGACGCCAGGACCCACCAGCACAUCCCCUACCGCGAGAACAAGAACCUCACCGGGACGGCGCGCUACGCCUCCAUCAACACGCACCUGGGAAUCGAACAAUCUCGAAGGGACGACCUGGAGUCACUGGGCUAUGUGCUCAUGUACUUCAACCUGGGCUCCCUGCCCUGGCAGGGGCUGAAGGCUGCCACCAAGAGGCAGAAAUACGAGCGCAUCAGUGAGAAGAAGAUGUCCACGCCCAUCGAAGUACUGUGCAAAGGCUACCCCUCCGAGUUUGCCACGUACCUGAAUUUCUGCCGUUCGUUGCGUUUUGAUGACAAGCCUGACUACUCGUACCUGAGACAGCUCUUCCGGAACCUGUUCCAUCGCCAGGGCUUCUCCUACGACUACGUGUUCGACUGGAACAUGCUCAAGUUUGGUGCCAGCCGGGCCGCUGACGAUGCCGAGCGGGAACGCCGGGACCGGGAGGAGCGGUUGAGACACUCCCGGAACCCAGCCACACGGGGACUCCCUUCCACAGCCUCGGGCCGGCUGCGGGGAGCACAAGAAGUGGCUGCUCCCACCCCCCUCACCCCUACCUCACACACUGUACACACAUCCCCCACCAGCCUCUCCGUCCCCAUCCCUGACAGCAUCCCAGCAGAGCCCUGGGCAGCCUUCCCAUGGGAGACCCGCGCUGGCGUCCCCCUCGAGGGCCCUGCCCCCAGGCCCUGGGCAAGCUGCUGGGAAGCGAGAGGCGAGUGUUGGCGGGGGACCUGCCUGUGCUGCCCUGAUGGCCAAGAGGAUGCAGCUAACACCUCUCCUCGGCCCGUGUCCGGCAUGGAAAGAGAGCGGAAAGUGAGUAUGCGGCUGCACCGUGGCGCCCCCGUCAACAUCUCCUCGUCGGAUCUUACGGGCCGACAAGAUACCUCCCGCAUGUCCACCUCACAGAGGAGCAGAGACGUGGCGUCUCUCCGGCUGCACUCGGCCCGCCAGGGCACCCGCUGCCGGCCCCAGCGCCCUCGACGCACCACCUACUGAGGCGGCCCCAGCGGCCUCCGAUCGGGUUCCCAGCCACGCAG